AGCAUUUCCAUGGUACCCAAGCGCCACCCCGGACUCCAUCUCCCGACAUGCAAGCGGCAGGCCUGAUGCCAGCAGCGGCGGGCCAAUGAGGCGCGAGCGGGGCGGGGGCCAAACCGGAGUCGCCGCGUCUGCUGCCUUUCUCUGCUGCGCCUCUGCUGCGAAGAGCCAGAAGCCUCGCUGCCGGAGCUGAGCGAUGGAGCGUCGUCUCAGCGCUGCCCGCGCCGCCUGGUUCUGAGCUCCAGGCCCUGCCCAGACCCUCGCCCGCCCCAGCCCGUUUCCCUGGUGUAAAUCCCCAUCAAUGAGGUUCUUCCGUCUCACCUUCAAGUGCUUUGUGGAUUGCUUCUGAGACCGCGCCGAGAUCCCCUCCCAAGACCCGGAGCCAGCUUUCCCGACACCCGACACCCGUCUCAGCCUCCUGCCCGCUAGCCCAGUGUGCCAAUGGCUCCAGUGCCCACCGAGACCUGCUCAGGUAAGCGCCGGCUUGGCAUCGGAAGUAGGGCCGGGUUGCAUUCCGGGGUGUGGGGUUUCAGGGAGUCCUCGUUUUCUCCUACCCUGCUUCCCGCUGUGGAUGGGCUCAGGUAAGUAGCAGCCCGGCUGCGUGCCACCUGCGAAGCAUCACUGGCGACCCAUCAGUGGCGACCCAGGUGAACAGAGCAGUGCCCCAUCUCGACUCCGGACUGAGACUUAGUACAAUAGACUCUGCUUUCAAAUGCUGCCGUCACCGAGCCUCCUGAGAUGGAUGGGUUCAAGCAGCUGGGCUGUAUCCGCCUUUUGCCCCGCCGGCAUCUCUCCCCGCCUUGUGCCAGAAGUACGUCCUGUCUCUGCCAAGGUGUUCCUGCUCAUUGCCUCUCUCCUCUCUCUGCCAGGAUGCCCUGUGCUUUGCGGCUUUCCGUGCUGUGCCCGGGGCACACACUUUAUGUACUUUAUGGCUCUCUCCCUUUCUCCAUUAUUUCCCCCUCUCCUUUGGAAGGCAGGAGUGGCGGCAGGAGGUUUAAUCAGAGUUAGGGAUUCUUUUGAAUACAGAACCGGGAGGGUGAGUAUUCCAGGGGAACUCAUGUGGAGUCAAUGGGCUAUGGACUCAGGGCGUGUAGUCUAAAGCAGCAGCAGCCUCCAGCUUUUUCAGACCCCUUUAACCGAAACGUGCGUUUGGAGACCGAUUUCUUAUUGUUAAAUUUAUCUUUAUACCACAUAUUUCUGUGGUGGUGGAUCUGCUGUCCUGUGACCCACCUUUAAUCACCAGUGCACUACAGUUGCUGUUUGGCACUGAAUGCCCACAUGUCCGAAGCAGGUAUCCUGCUUGCGGGUUCCCCAUAAGGGGAGUCUGGUUGGCCCCUGGGAAAACAGGGUGCUGGACUAGAUGGGCCACUGGCCCUGAUCCAGCAGGAUUCUUCUUAGGUUCGUGUAGGCUGGUUCUCCAAGACGAGGGCAGCUGGCAAAAAGAAGAACUUGGAGGUUUCUCUGCAUCAGCCCCUUAUAAGGCAAAAACUCAGCUGGAGCAGAAGGUGUGUGUGUACAUUUGUGUGAGAGAAAACAAGAUUGUUUUGUGUGCAACCAUCAACCUCCAAUCACCUCCUCCCUGCCCUCAUUCCUUUUUAUUGAGAAAGCAUGUGCUCUUUGUAGCAUUGCCCAAGAGAAUGCCCGUGAGUGGUGCCAACUAAGUGGCUGAUCUGUACCCAGGCGAGGGAGGGGGGGUAGGCAAAGGGUGUCCGGCAGCCUCAGCCCCACAAGUGGGGAGGAUUAGCUCCGUCACAUGCCAGGGCCUUGGAUGCACGUUGGCUGUGGGGGGAGGGAAGCCAGACAACGAGGAAAAGGGGCUUUGUGUCUGGGCUGUUGUUUGCUGCUUUGCUCUGCUCACCAACUCUUGUCUCUUCCGGGGGCUUUUUGUUGUUGUUGCUGUUGAAAACGGGUCAUCCGCACCCUCCACCCUGGUUUUGCAGAGGCUGCUCAACACAAAAGGAGAUUUUCUGGGCUUUCCCCAGGGCAAGGUUGUUUUCUUUGAGGAAUUUGGGUUGCCCGUUGAGCAGGGCUGGCGACAGCGAGAGUUACGACGGUGCUGGAAAACACCCUUUCCAGUGCAGACCCCCACGUUUCUCCUAUGAGCUUUGUCUCUGGCAUGGCACUUCUUUGCUGGCUAGAAGGAAGGGGAGAGGAGCCGGCUAACUCUCUCUUCGGCUGCGUACACACCACACAUUCAAAGCGCAGUCCCCCAAAAUCCUGGGAACUGCAGUGGGCCCUGGGAAUUAUAUGCCCAAGAGGUAAACUGCGGUUCCCACAAUUAUUUGGGGUGAAAUAGUAUGCUUUAAAUGUGCUUUGCGUGUAUGGAGCGUACGCAGCCUUUAUUUCAGUGGCUUCAGAAAGAAAGAAGGAAGGGAAAAGGGAUCCCACCCAUCCCACAGCUCAUUGAGGGUGGGGGAAAUGGAAACCACCAUGUGCAACAGCCCAGUAUGCACUUCAGUGUGUGUCUGUGCAUGUGUGCAAACCCAUUGUGAGCGUGAUUCCUGAUGUGCGGGUUCCUGUGACUCCCUCUGCAUGUGUGUGAAUGUGUGGAUUCAGCAUCGCUGCCUAGUGGGUGACUCACCACCCUGCAUUGUGACGUCGAAACUAGGACUCCAGAAUGAAAGAGGGUGGGUUUUGGUGUGUGUUUCCUCCCCCCCCCUUUUAAAGGGUUUUGCUCAUUAUAUAAAAGGUAGGCCUGGAAAAUUCCUGCCUUCGUUAAGCCGCCCAAGUGUUUCUGAAGUACUUGGCGCUCGAAGAAGCGAGAAAGCAGAGAUGGGCCUCAAAGAGCAGGCAGUGAUGCCAAGCUAGCUCCUUGGCACAGGCUGAGGCAUUGAUUUUCGACCUGGGAAACGAGUGCCACUCCUGCCCUGGCCAGGCCAGGGAAGCAAGAGGCUCCAGAGCAAAGCCAUAGCAUUAGGGGGAGUCAUUUUACCCACUGCUGGAACCCGCAGGAGAAGGUGGGAGCUCUUGUGCUCUGGUCCUGCUUGCAGGUUUCCCACAGGUUUCUGGUUGGCCACUAUGACAACUAUUAACACUGAUUAGAAUGCUUACAUCACCUGUAACUCUAUAUGAAAAGGAUUAGGGCAAGGGGCAGGGUGGUGCGCUGCCCAAGUGAUGCUGCAGCACCCAGAUGUUCUAAAGCAGCAGCUAGAGGCACCAAAAUGUCACAAGCUAUAGACUCAGAUGAGACCUCAGAGACUGCCUAGUUCAGCUCUCUCUGCUCCACGCGGGACCUGCAAUACCUGGAUGCGGCCACUGCGUCCCUAACAGGUGGGUGUCCAGCCUCUGCUUCAUUGCCUCCAUCGGAGGAGAGCCCACCCACCUCCCAAGGUGGACUGUUCCAUUGUUGAACAGCUUUCGCCAGUUCGUUGCUCCUAACUCUUUUAGCUGAAUUCUGCUUCCUGGCAAUUAACACUGGUUGGUUCUGGUCCUGCCCUCUGGAGCGACAGAGAGCAAAUUCCUCCCAACUUCUGUGGGGCAGCCUUUUAGAUAUUCGAAGAUGGCCAUCAUGUCUUGUGGAGUCUUCUCUUCUCCAGGUUAUAAACUUACCCAACUUUUUUCAGCCGUUCUUCUUUGUUUCCAGGACCCCUUGUGUUUUUCUUGGUCACCCUUUCCACUGAUCAAUGUCUGUCUUACAAUGUGGCAACCAGAACUGUAUUUUAGGCACAGUCGGACCAGUGCAAACUAAGAGUAGAACUAUUGCUCCUUGUGAUCUGUUAAUGCAACCUAUGAAUGCAUUCGCUUUUUACGCCGUUGUGUCUCACCGCCGGCUCAUGCUUAGCUCACAAUAAUCUAAGAUGCUUACCCUAUUUUUUUGCUCUAUAAGACUCACUUUUUCCCUCCUAAAAUGUAAGGGGAAAUGUGUGCGUGCGUCUUAUGGAGCGAAUGCAGGCUGCGCAGCUAUCCCAGAAGCCAGAACAGCAAGAGGGAUCACUGAUUUCGCUGCGCAGAGAUCCCUCUUGCUGUUCUGGCUUCUGGGAUUUGGAAUAUUUUUUUUCUUGUUUUCCUCCUCCAAAAACUAGGUGCGUCUUGUGGUCUGGUGCAUCUUAUAGAGCGAAAAAUACGGUAAAUCCUUUCCAGCUGCUUUGAUACAAAGCUAGGUCUCUCUUCUCAAACCCACCAACCUCACCCAGCCCCAGUCCUGUAUUUUUGCUUAUUGAUUCUUAGUACCUAUUUCUAUUGAAUUUCUAUUGCAUUUCAUCUUGUUGGAUUUGGCCCGGCGUUCCAGCCUGUUGAGGUCUUUUUAAGACUUGGUUCUGACUUUUGUGGCAUUAGCGUCUCCUCCGCGCUUUGUGCCAUACCGAUUUGAUAAGCUACUCUUUCGCCCAAGCCGUUUAUAAAGAUGUUUAGCAGCACAGGACCUUAAGACAGAGAGCUGUGUGGCACUCCAGACCUUGCUCCAGGCUGAUGGCAGUGUUAUCCAUGUGCAACUCGCUGGGUACAGCUGAAGGUUGCUAAGGUAUAACUAACCCAUAGUAAGUGAUCUUGCAAAUGACACUCAGGAAAGGGUGAGCUUCCGUGGAUCAUUAGGUUUCCUCCCUGAAUAUCUCUCCCAGGGUAAAAGCAAGCGCUGCUGUCCAUUUGUAUAAUGAAUAAAAACUAGGCAAUUUACAGCCUGUGAAGGAAAGAACUACUAAACAAGGACAAGCCACAAAAAUGUCACUUUAUUUGAUACUAAAAUUUGACCGAUGCUCAUGUCUUUUUGUUUCUUUGUCAUGCGUUACGUACUGUUUUACUGGUAUUUAUAUGCCAAAAAUGAAACAAUACAUUUCUGGAAAAGAAAAAGUGGAGGAGUACAUUCUUUCAGAUGGCUCCUGAACCUUCCAGGUUCUGUUUCUUGCUGAAAUUUUAAGUUUCGAGUCCUGCUGGUGGCAGAGAUAAAUGUGAAAGUUGGGUGGCAAAAAGUAGGCGACCGGAAUUAAGGAGACACGCUCAAAAGGAGGAAGCUCAGGUUAAUUUUCCUUUUCAGCCAUCGAUUGAGAUUGUUCAAAAGCUGGCUUGAUCCCCCACACCUAUUGAUUGAUUUGACUAAUUCUUUGUUCUUUGCCUCGACAGAGGGCAGUGGGUGCUCAGAGCUGGCUGAGGCAGAGGGUGCUGAGGCAACUGGUGGCACAGCAGAGUCCAGCCAUGAAGGGAGAGCCAUCACUGACCCUCUGGUGGUACCCGUGGGCCCCGGGAAGCUGCCCGUUCCUGAGCGGGAGACCUGGACCCGGCAGAUGGAUUUCAUCAUGUCCUGUGUUGGCUUUGCUGUGGGGCUGGGCAACGUCUGGCGCUUCCCAUACCUCUGCUACAAGAAUGGAGGAGGUGAGGAGGUGGCCAUGGGGGAUGGGGGGGUGGACCAGGUUUGGUGGGUGAGAGCGGGUGUCUAAACUGAGCGCGAGAAGACUCCUCUCUGAAAAUGGACACUCUUUUUUGGAGGAAGUAAAGAAUUUGAACUUGGAGCUGAUCUGGGAAGAGGUAGCUUCUAUUGACUUGCAAGGAGCAAAACCAUCCUGGUGCCCUAUAGUACCCAACCCAUUUUUUGUUGUUCCUAUGGCCAUAACAUCAUCUUCCCUGUUCUGUGUCCUGUCGCAUUUUAUGGGUAGCUUCUUCUGUUCACUUCUGGUUAGCCUGGGUCAAUGCAGAUGAGAAUUUUUUUUCAUCCCUAAGUGGUAGAAGACAACCGCAAGUAUACAAAUACAUGUAGCAAGUGGUGUAUGGGAUUUUUAUUUUUUAUUAAUUAUUAAUUUUUUUAGUAUUCUCCACACAACACACACACACACACACACACACACAAACAACAAAAAAUAACAAUAUACAAAACACAAAAACAAGCAUACAAAAAACCACAAAUCCAAAUCUUACAAAUUAAUAAUAUAAACACUAAAAAGAAAAACAAACGUUGACUUCCAUCAAUCCCACAGCACCUCCUUUACCUCUCAUUGUGUCUUCCUGUUUUCUUUAUCAUCUCUAUCCUAGCAUCUAGAUAUAAAUCCCUCUUUCUUAUUCUUUCACUUCACAAGGUUAUUCCAGACACAGCCAGAUUUCUGUCCUCGAACCUUGGCUUUUAAGGUAUUCAUUUAGGCACUCCCAUUCCUUUUUCACUUCACCAUGUGCAUUUUUACCAUGUGCUUGAACUUGACACAGAAGCAGCAUAGAAUCAUAGAACUGUAGAGUUGGAAGGGACCCCAAGGGUCAUCUAGUCCAACCCCCUGCAAUGCAGGAAUCUCAGCUAAAGCAUCCAUGACAAAAGACCAUCCAACCUCUGCAUAGUAAGGAGGGCCCACAACUUCCCGAGGGAGACGGCGAGGAGCAUGACAACAUUCUCUCUUCUGCCUGUGAAUAUGCUCACAGCCUAACUAGUUCCAUGCACCGUUAGCAGUGUGCUAAGCUACCACUUGGUAAAUAAUCAUGGGGCUAUAUCCAGCCAAGUUCUGUUCAGAGCAGACCUGUUGAAAUUAAUGAACCGAAGUUAGUCACAUCUAUUAACUUCAGUGGAUCUACUCUGAGUAGGACGAGCAUCGGCUGCAGCCCCACCUGCCCAGUCAACUUUUGCAGCUGCAAAAUUUUGCACCAUCCCUGAAAUGUGCCUAAUCCCUGACCGUGCAUUAUUUCUAAUUGGAACCUGGUUAAGUAAGUAAGGCUGGAGACAAACAGUCGUUUUUAAGAGGUAAGAAAGUGACUCAGUUGACUUUGUCCCACUGUCAGAUCUGGAAACUUUUUUUUUUUAACCCCACUCUACAGAAUCCUUUUAUCAGAGAAGAAAAAAGUGAGACACAUGCAUAUACUUUUUGAGCAAAACUCUUUCUUUCAAAUUGCUUCUAACUCUCCAAGGACUGCCAGGCUCUGGCCCAGAGAUGGGAAACCACUGCCUCCCCAGUUGUUACAGGACUCAAGCAGCCCUGACCAGCAUGGCCAGUAGUCAAAGCUGAUGGGAGCAGUAGUGGUUCCUCUAGCCUGACAUCCCUCUUUUUCCUGAGAACCUUAUUUUCAUUCCAUGUGGAAAUGGAAAACUGGGAUAACUCUGCACAUGCUCAGAGGCAUCGUUCUGUAUUGUUGCUCUGCUUCUCUUAGACCCAGUGCUGAAAUCAGAUUCCUUAGCUGAGCCUUCUGAUUCAGUCCUGGAUUCUGAAUUGUGGUGCUCCUGCUCCUUUCUGCUCUUAUUCCUCCAUGUGGGACCUUAAUGGCUUUCCUUCCACCCUGUACUCAUCUCUCGCGGCCACUGGGAAAAGCAUAACCCACAUACCCAGCUGAGGAAGUGUGUGUGCAGCGUCACAUGAUGUUCCAGAGGGUGGGAAGGAGGGGAGAGCGAAGGAGCUGCUGUGGACACUCAUUGGCUCACUGACUUCUCAAACCUUAGCCGGGUGGGAAGAUUAGUCUCGGUUCAAUGAGACCAGAUGAGCGAAUCUGAUUUUGCAAGCGGAUUCUGUGCUGCCGAGCUGAACAGUCUGGGAUGCUUUUCUUUCAAAGGGUUUUGUAACACAAGAAGGGGGGGGAACACGCUCCAUCUCCACCAGUGUCUGAAAGUAUAGCAGGCAUCCCUACCCACAGAUGCAAAACUGCUAUGGAAAUCAUCAGAUGAAUCAUUCUGUGCCCCCGCUGAUUUAUUCGAUCCAUGUAGUGAGCAACGCAAUUCAAACUGGGUUUAUGUAUAACCUGCAUCGAAAAUAGCCAAUGGGGGAAAUAACAUAGAGGAGAUAAAAUCGAGGCCAUGUGACUACAGAACUAGCAGAGUGAAACAAACCACCUUUAAAGGCCACUGGGUCCGUGGAUGUUAGCCAUGGAGAAUUCACUUGAAAACGGAGCAGUAUGAAUACUGGGUCCCAGGCCUUGUCCACUGGUUUGUGUCCAUAGGAUUCAGUUUCUAGGACACAGAAGCAGAUGCUCAAGAAAGGAUUGCGUGCAGUGGAUGCCAGGGAAUGCCUUCAGUGCUAGAAGGUAAAAGUAAAGGGACCCCUGACUAUUAGGUCCAGUCGUGGCCGACUCUGGGGUUGCGGUGCUCAUCUUGCUUUAUUGGCCGAGGGAGCCGGCAUUCAGCUUCCGGGUCAUGUGGCCAGCAUGACUAAGCUGCUUCUGGCGAACCAGAGCAGCACAUGGAAACGCCGUUUACCUUCCCUUGCACUUUGAUGUGCUUUCGAACUGCUAGGUUGGCAGGAGCAGGGACCGAGCAACGGGAGCUCACCCCGUCAUGGGGAUUUGAACUGCCGACCUUCUGAUCGGCAAGUCCUAGGCUCUGUGGUUUAACCCACAGCGCCACCCACGUCUCUUUCAGUGCUAGAAGCUCACAUGCACUCCUCCUGUCAACCUGUUUGUUGAGCAUUCAUCCUGGUUUUGCUUGCGGACAGCUUACCUGGAGGUGGUUAGAUGAUGUCUUGUCCUUACUGAGACUUUGUUCUGGCGGGUUGAUUGAUUUGAAGUAUUUGUAACACGCUCUUCAUUGAAUAUUUUCAAUCCCAGGGCAGGGAAGAAGCAAAAAACAACAAGUAAAGUUAUACAGUGGGGAAAUAACAAUAUACAAAAAUUACAUACAUAUUUUUAAGAAUUCUUGACAUUGUUUUUAGAAUGGGUAAAGCAGGUUUUACUGUUUUUAGAGUUUCUUUGUUUUCAGAACCUGAGUUUGUGUGUCUUGUAUGCUGCUUUUGAUGGCUUCGUGCUAUGAAACUGAGCCUCACCUAGCUUGAGGACAGGGAAUCUGCUUUGCCGGCAGAAGGUCUCAGAUUCAAUCUUUUGUGUAUCCUUGUAGGACAUUUUCCUUUUGUCUGGAAUGCUGGAGAACUGCUGCAAAUUAGUGUUGACAGUGCUAGGCUAGAGAGGUUAGAUAGAUGCUCCUAAAUGUACAAGAACCCAUUGCAGGAGCUAGGGAUCAACAUCCCCACCCCACCCUGUAUAGCAGGUUGGUGAACAACAAGGAAGAGAAAGCCAUGAUUCCUGCACUACAGGGGUUGGACUAGAUGACCCUUGGGGUCCCUCCCAACCCUGUAAUUCUAUGAAAAUGGGGAAAACUCUCAGGAUCUGACUCCUUUGGGUCCACAUUUCUCCUAGCAUCCGUAUGAAACUGCUGAGCCAGACCAGCUACUUUUUAUUUAAUUUAUUCAUUUAAUUGGGUUGUUUGCCUUCACUGUUCUGUACAAUUUAUACUCAAACCAGCUCACCAAAAAUAAACCCUCUAAAAAUAUCUUAACAAUGAGAUGAUUUAAAAGCGGGGGUGGGGGUGGGCGAAUGGCACAGUUUAUGUGCAAUUAAGAUGACAGCAGCACAGAGCGAAAGAUUCAAAACAGAGCAGAAGACUAACCAUGGCUACUCGGAAGGAGGCUUACUCCUAGAUAAGUGGGGUUAGGAGUAUAGUCCUCUAAGCGGGUGUCAAACACACACAAAAAGAGAGUGAGGAUGACAGAACUCUCCUGGGAGGGGUUUCCAGAGUUUUAAGGGGUCACCACCAAAAAGGCCCCAUCUCUCAUACCCCUCUGCAGUGCUUCUUACAGCAACAGGGCUGACUCCCGAUUUCUGCACAGGUGUGUUCCUGAUUCCGUAUCUACUAAUCGUCUUUGUCGGGGGGAUCCCCGUCUUCUUCCUGGAGGUGGCCCUUGGGCAGUUUAUGAAGCAAGGUGGGAUCUCUGCCUGGAACAUCGCCCCACUCUUCAAAGGUAAAAAGGCUUGGAAUGUGAACCACAUAAUAAGCAGGCUAUGCUUAGGAGCCACUUAGGUGUUGCUGCCAGGGAAAAGGCAUAUUCUCAGGGCCGGCUUUAGGCUUUUGAGUGCACUAGGCCCAAGAGAUACCUGAAGUGUGCCUACCUCCUUGCUUCUGGGCCCAAUCCAUACAGGCCUGCAGAGGGAGAGAGCCCAUGGGGAGCAGUGAGGCCCUUUGAAGUUGUGUGGCCUCUGCAGGGGCCCAACACUGGACUUAGGUAGCUCAAGAGAGUCUCCUACCAGAGCAGAGGUUUUUCCAUUUGCGCUCUUUGGGUCCCCAGCGUGACAUAGAGGCGUAUUAGGGUUUCAGUAACAAGAGACAUGUUUGCUUGAAAUAAUGUCCUUCCUAACCAACCUACCCCCACCCCCCAAAAACAUUCAGAUUUAGGAAAAUGCCAAGGGCUCUAAGAAUGUGCUCUCAUGUAACCUGGGGCAUGGCUUGAAUUAUAUAGGGGCUGGGUGGGAGGCUGCCCCCUUUUGUGGCUGCCACCCCCUCAGCCAGGCCUGUGCAGAGUGUGGGGGGCAACGGGGAACACUUGCCCCAGGCCUUAGAGGGCUAAGCUGGCCGGGGGACUCCAGCAGGGACCAGCUGCUUUUUUGAGUUUAUAACAAGACUCCCACGCCAGGCCUCAGACAAGCUGGGCCUCAGACAAUGAGGCAGUUACAGUUUGCAGAGGGAGUCUGUCAAGUGUGGAUUUCAGCAAGCCUUCCUGUGCGUCAUUUGAGCCUUGCUGAACAGCUCAAACAAGACUUGCCCUUCAGGGAAGAAGACCCCACAUCGGCUUGUCUGCCAAGGAACCUUGCACGGGGAUUCCAUGGUGGAUGCCUGGCUGGGGCUGGGGGCUCGUUGGUUCAAUGUGGAAACUCCUCCCUGGAAGGCCUGGCAACCAUUUCGACAGGCCAAGGAUGAGGAAACAUCAGUGGCGCUCCAAAUGAUGUUGCGCUGCACUUCCCUCCAACUUUGAACAUGGGCCGUCGCCGGCUGGGGCCGGAGUGCAACCAGACUACCUCCGCCCUUGCUGUAGAAGAACUAGCACAGCGCUGGAAAGCAGCAGCAGAGAGGGCUCCCUGAGGCCCUUUACUAAGCAGCUGCUUGGAGGAUGGACUCCUCCCUUUGAGUUAAUGGAGAGCGUGGGGUGGGGCCUGCGCAUGUAGACACAGGACUGAGUCUGCCUGUGAGUGGAGAAUCGCUACCACUGAUUUUGUCACUUCUUAAUACUAGCCACCUGCGAUUCCCCACCCCUCCAACGUUGCAUUGUGCAUUAUUGUUAUUAUUAUUAUUAUUCAAUUUUAUUUAUACCCCGCCCUCCCCAGCCAAGACCGGGCUCAGGGCAGCUAACACCAAAUAUAAAAACAAUUGAUUGAAAGACACCUUAAAAAACAAGAUUAGAACAUUAAAAUGCAGCCUCAUUUCAGUGGAAACUCAAUCAAAAACUUUUUUGGGGAUGAAAAGCUCAAGUCUUCACCAAGGCUAACUAUCCAGACUGGGCCUACAGAGCUGGGCCUACAUCAGCAAGCAAGGCAGCUUCCCAGGCAUAUAGAUAAGGCUACACUAGCACACCGGGUUUUUUGGGAGGGGGCAGGAGAUGGACAUGGCAGAUGAGGCGAAAGGGCUGGUAGCAACGGCUGUGCAAUCGGUAAAUGCGUUUUGACGCAUGGCCUGAAAUGCCUCAUAUCCAGCCCUCUACGUACAUUAGCAGUCAGGGUAACGUGGGGCUACCGCAGGAGGAUUCUGCCGACACGUUGAAUAAUGUAUUGGAUGAAGAAUUCAGAGCAAGUUUUAAAGCCCUUAAGGUUAUUUCAGGACGUGGUGCCGGGAAGCUUGAAAGCAUGCGGGCCAUGUCUCUUGUGAUAGCUCAGAAUUUGGACUGGGGGCUGAAUGAGGAGCUGGGGCUUUGACAGAGUCUUGGCCUUCCCCUUGCCUUGCAGAAUAAAGUGUGCAGAUAAGGUAAACGGAUGCUUCGUUUGUAUAUGAAGACACACCUCUUUGUCCUGGCUUUUGACACAUGAGAUUGUUGGCUACUUGCAGAAGAGUUGCACUGCAGAAAGCUUGCUGGGGAGAACACAUAUUCAAGAAACGCAAAAUAACUUUAGCUAGGUUUUAAUAACAAAAACAAAAACUCCUUUUACAUUAAUUAUAUCAAUAAGCAUGACCCAUUCACCAACUCAACCACCAGGGUACUGAGAGAGCUAGGUGUUGCUCUUUAUAUACUAUACCCAACAGCUUAAUUAACACAACUUAACAGCACCUUCUAUACUGCUUCACAGCUGUAAAACUAGGUCACGUUAUUUGCUCUGGCCUUUCAAGAAAUACACAUCUUGUGGAACCUUCAAAUUUAAAGAGACCUUUCAGCAGAGAUAAUUUAUUUUCGGGACCCACCUUAUUUCUGUGAGCGAUAGAAAGUUGCUUUAAACUGUUUUUAAAAGUUGUGUUUUAAUUGUAGUAACACCCUGGGACCUUAGUGUGAAGGGCAGGCAAUGAAUAAUAGCAGCAACAACAUGUAGGCUAUACAGGUGAGCUUCCCAUGAUGCAGAAUCGAGGUUUCCCUGGCACAGAUUCCCCGCUCUGCUCCCCAGUAGAGUCUAUGCUGCCUUCGCUAUCAGCUAUGCAGCUCAGAUGGAAAGUUGCCAUGGAAAAAGGAGAUGGAGUUGGGCAGGGCUUAGGCCUAGUCUGCGCAUACAGCACAGUGAGGUUGUGGGGUGUUGGAAGUGCCAGAACGGACUGUAGCUCAGUGGCAUCCAAAAGGUGCCAGGUUCAAUCCCUGACGUAUCUAAGUAUGAUACCUGGAGAUGUGACCUGCCUGAAAUUCUGGAGGGCUGCUGCCAGUCAGUGUGGACAGUACUGAGGUAGAUGGAUCAAUGAUCUGAAUUUGGGACAAGGCAGCUUUCAAUGGAUCUCAGGCUGUCAGUGAGGGGCCACCCCACUUCCUUGUUUUUUUAAAAAACCAAAAAACCAGGAGAUGGAAAACAGUGCUUAUUUUCUAUUUGCAGGGAGGUCUUCCCUUUCCUUUCACGUAAGGGAGCAUUCAAGAUAUGAUCUCUCACCUGGAAGGUAAAGUGGUACAUUCUGCUCUACCAGGCUGGGACUCUACCACUUCAUUCUCACUGCAUGCCCAAGCCAGGCCUUGGUGGGAAUUGAACAUGCUGCCCUUCCCUCAGGAAGAACCGCAUGCCUCCUCCGCUUUCCCCUGAGCCAGCCUCUGACCAUCUCGUUUCUCCCUAGGCCUGGGCUUGGCCUCUAUGGUCAUUGUCUUCUUCUGCAACUCUUACUACAUCAUGAUCCUCGUCUGGGGCCUUUUCUACCUGGUGCACUCGCUGACGGAAACCCUGCCCUGGGCCACCUGCGGCCACUCCUGGAACACCCCCCAGUGCACUGAGCUCUUUGGCCUGGGCGGCUGCGACAACAAUGGCACCACCAACAACAGCAGCACUGCCAGAAACUGCAGCAACCUGGCUGACCAGCGUUCGCCCAUCAUAGAGUUCUGGGAGUGAGUGGGUGCUAGUUCCCUAAAGGGAUACCAGGAUGUCGGUCUCUUGGGGGGCGGUGCGGUGUGGGGCCUGCAGGAAAGGUUCCUGAAUUCACAGGGUCAGGUGGGGAAGAAUGAGGGGAGACCGGAAAGAGAGGGGGAAGAAUGGUUCAGACAAGAAAUCUGUCAUCUGAAGUGAGGUGCUUCAUAUUAAAUCACUUAUAACUCACUCAAUAUUUUGAAUAUUUCUAAAUGGUAGAGUCAGCACUAGAUAAGGACAGGGGCAAAUGGUUUUUCUUCUUGUCUUCCUCAUGCUCAAGCUACGGCCCCUGCUAAUUUCCCUCUCCACUUCGUCUCCCACCUCUUAGGAACAAGGUGCUGCGGAUUUCGGGGGAUCUGGGUGAACCGGGAGAGCUCAGCUGGCAGCUGAUCCUCUGCCUGCUCACGACUUGGGUCAUUGUCUAUUUCUGCAUCUGGAAGGGGGUCAAGUCAACUGGGAAGGUAAUGGGUCUUCCUUUAAAAGUGUAUGUGCAUGUUACUGUGGGGGAAGCUUCUGAGGAAGUAUAGAAAAAGUCGGUUAUGGCAUCAGGGCAGGACUUUAGGGCAGAUGCUCAGGAUUAUGCUCAUCAGGACAGCCCCCAAAUGUAGCAGGGCUGCCAUAACACAUUUUGAAGUAAACAAUACACAAUACCACCUAAAGCAGCCUCAGGUGGGGAGCCUCAGGCACCUGGGGGGGCUGAACGUUCCCAUCCAGGCAUCUCAAUCUGACGAUCAAGACUCGCCAGUCUGCCCUCUGUGAGUGCUUUUGGCUGCCUGGAUUAUGCCCUUGAAUAGUGCUAAUGCCUCUUUGGGGUUUUUAAAAAAUAAGAUUUCAUUACAGUUUUUUCAUUAUACAAUAAGAUAAAAGAAAAUAACCUAAAUAAAAACAAAAACAGAGAAAGAGAAAGAGAAAAUAAAACACCAAAGGAAAACAAAAACAAAAAAAAAAAGAGGGAAAGACUUCCAAUUUUCCAUCUGUCAGUUACAUAAAAGAAAUUAUUCAAAAUGCUUUUUGGAGCUGGCCGACCUGACCGGAAGAAUCCGCGAACAGAAAGAGGAGGAGUACCAAGAAGAAUGGAAGAAAGUUAAGGAGUAUUUAGUUAAAUAUUCUAAGAUAACAUAAGUAGAACUAUUUGUAAGUACCAAAUUGGCUUAGGAGUUACCGUAAAUAUGUUAAAUUGCAUAACACUAUGGAUAGAAGUGAAAAUGAAAAGAAAGAAAGGUGUUAAUUGACUAAGUUAAUUUUAUUUGAAAAUAGUAUUGGAAAACUGCUACAAUGAGUUACAUGGAAAUUCAGCUAGGGGGAUUUGAGGAAGUCAUCUAACAAUGAAAUCAAAAGUGAGAUUAUAAUAGCUAGGAUAAAUGUUUGUUUGUUUGUUUGUCUUUUUUAUAUUGUAAUGUUUUUCUUUUAUGUUUGCUAUAAAUUUGGAAAACCAAUAAAAAAUUUUGUUGGGAAAAAAGAAAUUAUUCAAAAUAUCCACUCUAGAAUGACAUCCAGCAAUUCUACUUUCUGUUAGGCAGUAUCUUCCCAAUUUUCCCAGCCAAAUGUCUCAGACUAAUCCAUUUUCCUUUUACACAAAAAUGUCCAAAAGUGCUUCUCUAACUAUUUAUGAAUUUGAGCAAUAGCUUUUCUCUAACCAAAACCUAUCAACUUUGUCUCCAGUAAUUUCAACUACCAUUCCUCCAUAUUAAUAAUAUGACGAAAACGCCUCUUGUUUGAUGGAUGGAGAGAUGGGUGUAUCUGACUUUUGCGGGGCUGCCAUGUAGCCUGGCAUGUAUGCAGCUGUUGCCCUGCCCACUAUUCCCUCUGGCUCCACCCACCACUGGCAUGUGGCCCCCUAAAGGUUCCCCAUGAGGCCAUGUGGACCUCAAGCUGAAAAGGGUUCCCCCACCUCUUAAAUAGCACCCUUUCUCUCCCUAACCCAUAAUAAGCCUAAAAUUACAUAACUGCUCCACUGAUAACAAGUGUAUAUUGGCAAUAACAGCACACAGGGAGCGCAAUAUGGUCACUAAUGACGGAUCCAUCGGCAUCUUAAUGCUGAAAUUUGUUAUUUGUAGUUCAGAAACUGUAAGGGAAAAAACCUCCCAGCGAAGAUAGAAUCUGAGAACAUGCUGUCACUUCCUCCUUCCGAUGUUGCACUUGGACCUGUAAUAAUUUUCUGACGGUGGUUGCACCGUUGGUGUUUGCUGGAAGGCCAACCCCCACCCAGCCACACACGACGUCAGCUAGUAACUGUCAUUAUACAAUUGCUGUGGUGAAUGGAAAAAACGUUGCGUAAGCUGUGGUAAGAAAAUACCAUAAACACCGUUAAAUACAAGCAAAUGCAACUGGCGUCCUAUCACAUCUGGCGUUAAUUCUUUAUGUGGAUGGGAGUGAGAGGUUAUUUGGCCAGUGCUCUUGUAUCAGGUGACCCCAGAGUUGCCUUAAUUUCUCCUUUGGGUGGUGUGUGUGUGUGUGUGUGUGUGUGUGUUGCCUUUUGGGAUGGGCGUUCUGAACAUCACAAGUGUUUCUUCUGUGAAAUGCGCAUCUUUGUGGUGCCCAACAAAUAAUUUCCUAGUGUGUCUCUGAGCCAAAAAGACACAUUUUAAAAAAUAAGUAAAGUACUUAUACUUUUCAAAUAUAUACAUUUCACUGAUUUUACAUUCAUUUUGACAUUUUAAAACUUGACUUCCUUCCCCUUCUUUCUGCGGUUCCUUAAGUUAAUUUGGAUAUGCAGAAGGUAAUAAAUUUAACUUGCUCAUUUAGUUAUCUUCUUUAUUUAUAUACCGUAUUUUUCGCCCUAUAGGACGCUUUUUCCCCCCUCCAAAAAUGAAGGGGAAAUCUGUGUGCGUCCUAUGGGGUGAAUACAGGCUUUUGCUAAAGCUUGGAGAGCGAGAGGGGUCGGUGCGCACCGACCCCUCUAGCUCUCCAGGCUUCAGGAAGCUAUCCGCAAGCCUGGGGAGCCCGCGGGAGUUCCCGCAGGGCUCCCCACGCUGCGGAUAGCAGCCUGCCGCCCGGGGCGUGGGGUGCCCUGAAGCAGAGCGCCCCUCGCACCGGGCAGACAUCCACAGUGUGGGGAUAGCAGCCUGCCGUCCAGCGCGCCAGGCGCCCUGAAGCAGAGCACCCAGCGCGCCGGGCAGACAUUGGCCAGCCCCACAAGCUCGGGGGACAGCGGGGAGGCGCAGUGCCGCCAUCCCGCUGUUCCUCGACCUGCUUUGGAGGCUGGCGCUGGGGAGAAGCACGCUUCUCCCCAGCGCCAGCCCCACAAGCUUGGGGGACAACGGGGAGGUAGAGCGCCGCCAUACCGCUGUUCCCCGACCUGGUUUUGGGGGGGAAAUAAAGGGGGGGAAAUUCCUUUAUUUCCCCCCCAAAAAACUAGGUGCAUCCUAUGGGACAGAGCGUCCUAUGGGAUGAAAAAUACGGUACUCUCACAUAGCUGCAGGUUAAUACAAUAAUCCUGUCGGUGUUUUCAUCUGUUUACAAUUUAUCUGUAAAUAUUCAAUAAACCAUUUCCAUUCUUUUAUAAAAAAAAUAGUUUGUUCUCUUGAUUUCUUACUUCUUCCGGUAAGUUUUGCCUUUUCUGCAUAUCCCAUAAGUUUUUGUAUCCAUUCUUCCUUUGCUGGGACUUCUUCUUUCCAUUUUUGGGCAAGUAACAUUCUUGCUGCUGUAGUCGCACAUAUUAAUAAAUUUCUAUACAAUUUAGGUAGUUCUAUUCCUAUAAUUCGCAGAAGAAAGGCUUCUGGGGUGUGUUUUUUUACAAACAUUAUUUUAAACAUCCUUUUCAUUUCAUUAUAUAUCAUUUCCCAGUAAAAAACACACAUUUUUUAACAUGAGCCCCAUCCCUUCCUCCUACAGACCAGGCAUCCACACCUUGCAACCCACCAAUCUGACUGCAGCCACUCAGCACCCAUGUGCAACAGCCCACCAGUGUGGUGCUGGCGAUGCCCUAAUAAUAAUAUUGGAGGAUGGAUGGCGGCUAACAGAUUCGGGCUGAAUCUUGACAAGACAGAAGUACUGUUUUUGGGAGACAGGGGGCGGGCGGGUGUGGGGGAUACCCUGGUCCUGAAUGGGGUAACUGUGCCCCUGAAGGACCAGGUGCACAGCCUGGGAGUCAUUUUGGACUCACAGCUGUCCAUGGAGGCACAGGUUAACUCUGUGUCCAGGGCGGCUGUCUACCAGCUCCACCUGGUACGCAGGCUGAGACCCUACCUGCCCGCGGACUGCCUCGCCAGAGUGGUGCAUGCUCUAGUUAUCUCCUGCUUGGACUACUGCAAUGCACUCUACGUGGGGCUACCUUUGAAGGUAACCCGGAAACUGCAAUUAAUCCAGAAUGUGGCAGCUAGACUGAUGACUGGGAGUGGCCGCCGGGACCACAUAACGCCGGUCCUGAGAGAUCUGCAUUGGCUCCAAGUACGUUUCUGAGCACAAUUCAAAGUGUUGGUGCUGACCUUUAAAGCCCUAAACGGCCUCGGUCCUGUAUACCUGAAGGAGCGUCUCCACCCCCAUCGUUCAGCCGGACACUGAGAUCCAGCACUGACAGCUUUCUGGCAGUUCCCUCAUUGCGAGAAGUGAGGUUACAGAGAACCAGACAGAGGACCUUCUUGGUAGUGGCGCCCACCCUGUGGAACACCCUCCCUUCAGAUUUGAAGGAAAUAAGCAGCUAUCCUAUCUUUAAAAGACAUCUGAAGGCAGCCCUGUUCAGGGAAGUUUUUAAUAUUUAAUGCUGUACUGUUUUUAACAUUCGUUUGGGAGCCGACCAGAGUGGCUGGGGAAACUCAGCCAGAUGGGCGGGGUAUAAAUAAUAAAUUAUUAUUAUUAUUAUUAUUAUUAUUAUUAUUAUUAUUAUUAUCAUCCUUGCUUGGCAGGUGGUCUAUUUCACUGCACUCUUCCCCUACGUGGUUCUCAUCUUGCUGCUCUUGCAUGGCGUGACGUUGCCCGGUGCGCUAGAUGGCAUCAUCUACUACCUGAAACCGGACUGGACCAAGCUUGCUGUCGCUCAGGUAAGAACUGGGAUGGCACAUUCACCGAGAGAGGGGACGUGGAAGGUUUCAAACAGGGAAGCAGCUGGGAAAACAGAGGCCAUAGCCAAUAUCUGUGUGCAGGGGGGCAGGCCUUUGCAUCUAACUGCGCCUUUGCCCUCUGGCCAGGCCAGGCCUGGUCAUGAAAACAGGAGUUCUGCCCCCCACUCGGUGGGGUUUAUACCACGGCUGUUCCCCUCACCCCAGGUAUGGAUUGAUGCUGGUACCCAGAUCUUCUUCUCAUAUGCUAUCGGGCUGGGAGCCCUGACCGCACUUGGCAGCUACAACCGCUUCCACAACAACUGCUACAGGUGAGGCCCCACACCGCAUACGGGUAGUCUUUUAAAAAGAGAUCUGCAUGGCUUUCAGCCCCCAAGUGUGGAAUCUGCUGGCUUUGUCUGAAUCCUGAUGGAGACACUGAUUUUAUUUAAACAAGAGUUUGUUUCUAGCCCUUGUGGUCUUGAAGAAAAGCCUUGAAAAUGCUACUAGGACUUCUUCAAAUAGUGGCAUCUAUACCCCGCACCCACUAGGUCCUCAUCUCUCUCCUGUCCCCAACCACACCCCAUUCCGCAACCCGCAUGUCAUCUUCCAACACAUUUAUUGCUUCCCCUUUUCUGUGUUUUGCUAUUCUGCACAAGUACAGAAUUUGGUGCAGUACAGAGAAUUCAGAAGCCUGACCAUCUCCAUUCCCUCUCUCCCUCCUCUUUAAAAGCAGGUUUACAGCUAAGGCGACAAAUACAGGGCUGAAAUGUGUGUGUGUGUGUGUGUGUGUGUGUGUGCGCGCGCACGCAUGUGUUCUCACAGUGUGUACAGUAUCAUUUUUAUGACUUGCAGAAGAUGAAUGAAUCAUGCAAGAUGAAAAUGUCUGCAAAUGUGCUUGAUUUGACCAUUUAAGUUGGUCACAGAAUUCAGCUUUUCUUGGUGCAGAUUUUAGGUCGCAUUUAUCAUAGAAGUCUGGGUUGCUGUUUGUUUGUUCUUUAAGUGCAGAGUAUGCACAGAUAUGCAUAUUUCCUUCCAUGAAACUUCUCUGUUUUCUCUAUGUUGUGAGAACUCAUGGGCUAGACGCCACCCUCACCCUUGUCAUCAGGAUUAUUAAUUUAUAUACUACUUAAUGUGCCAAAAUGUCUUCUAAGCAGCUUACAACUUUAAUUAAUACAUAGUGAAAAUACUCAAAAAACGAUUCCAUUAAAAUCACUAGUUCAGCUCAGGGGAGAGCUUGCCUGAACAGGUGUGCCUUCAGGAGCCGGCGGAAUGCCAACACUGAUGGGGCCCCUCACAUUGCAGCAGAGAGGGCAUUAUGCAGCCCUGAUGCCACGAGUGAAAAAGCCUCCCUCCCUCUGCGUUACCACCAGCUGAUAAUCAUCAGGCCACGAUAAAACUGGUCAUGUUCCAUUUUGCAGAUCGUAGUACCAGGCGCCAGAGGGCAAUAUGGUUUUUCAUGUCAUGUGUGGUCUGCUAGUUACCUCCAUGGUUCCCCCCAAUGAAUUUGCUGCUGAUGCAGGUGAAAGCUGCACACACACACACACACACACACACACACACACACACACUCUAAACCCUGGCAACGUCAGCUGCCAGGAAGCAGGAAAGGGCAGGAAACAAACCAUCGAGCCGCUGUUUGCAUGUGUCCCUCAAGAUCAAACAGGUUGCCAAAUCCUGCUCUAUGACAUCUUCUGCACUCAUACAAAUUCGGAAAUCUGGAUGAAAUAAGGAAAUUAAUAAUUUAAAUGGAGACAAAAUUUGUCUCGAAUGCAACAUUCGAGGGAGUGUGUGGAGUUGGGGAGUUAAUAUGGGAGUGGAGUGCGGCAAAAGCUUCUACCCCACAUACCUUGAAGCCUUUGAUGCACCACCACUGCCCUAAGAUGCCCCUUAUGCAGGGGGUUGGACUAGAUGACCCUCAGGGGUCCCUUAGAGCUCUACAAUUCUAUUAUUCUAACUUCAUGGUGACAGCAGCAAGAGAUUAGCACAGUACAGCUGAGCUGCAGGAGGGAGUUUCCUUCCAGCAGAAGAUUGGAUAGUGCCUAUAUUGUGCACUGUUUAAUGCAGCUGCUUGCUGCCAUCUGCGAUGCAAAAUCUUACCCAUUCUGGGUUCCCCCCCAAAAAAGAACCCUUUACCAUCUAAUGCUAGCCAACUCUGGUUUAAUUUGAACCCCUCAACCUAUACUUAGUGGUGAGAUUCAGUCCUAGAACCUGUGACAAGAGUACAUUGGAACAUGUGCAGAGUGUCUUCGCAGGGGGCAACUGGGUUUAUUAGAGGGAAGGAAGGGUGAUUUCCAGGCAGGCUGGUGUCCUGGGCAGCUGUAACGUGGUACAAGCAUUGUAACCUCUUGUAAGGGAGGUGACCUGAGAGGGCACUGGGCACCCACUGGGUCCGAGUGGAGGGUGGGCUUGUGGCUAUUGACUUGCCUGGUCCUCCCUACAGGGACGCCUACGUCUUGGCUGUGAUCAACAGCUCAACCAGCUUCUUUGCUGGCUUUGUGGUGUUUUCCGUCCUGGGCUUCAUGGCAUCGGAGCAGGGCGUGGACAUCUCGCAGGUGGCAGAGUCAGGUGAGCGCCAGCUGUGGGGAUUUCCUCCGAUUCCCACCUCAUCAGCCCAUUUCCCCCUUUCCCUAUGAAAAGGUGCGGCGCAUGGGUGCAAAAUAGCUGGGAGGCAGAGCACAAAGCCUACCUGGUACCUCCAGGUAGCACCAGGAAAUAGCUCUUGCCUGAAGCCCUGGAGAGCCUCUGCCAGCCAGCGUAGACAGCACUGAACUAGAUGGAGCUUUGGUCUGAUUUAGAAGAAGGCAGCUCCCCUGUGUCCCUCAAGGCUCAAUGGCAUCUCCAUUUAAAAGAACCUCAAGCAGCAGCGCAGAACUUUGACUAGACCACGGAGAACUGCAGCCAAUCAGAAUGGGAAGAACAGGACCGGCCGGGCCAAUGGUGUGUUCUCGCAUGCUAAGCUUAGGUAACUUCUUAGAAUUUUGGGAGAAUGUAAGAAGAGCCUGUUCCAUCUGGCCAAUGGCCCACCUUCAUGCAGCGUCCUAUGAGAAGCCUGCAAGCUGGACAUGAGCACAGCAUCACCCUGCUCACCUGUGCUUCCCAGUAACAGGUAUUCAGAGGCGUAAUGCCUGUGGCAGUGGAGGUAGAACGGAGCCACAGGUGCGGCUAGUAGACAUGGGUAGCCUCGUCCUCCCUGAAUCCGUUCAAUCCCCAAGCUGGUGGCUAUCGCUGCAGCUGGCACCCCUCUUAACUCACAUUGUCUCUUGCAGGUCCAGGCCUGGCCUUCAUUGCCUACCCCAAAGCUGUGACACUCAUGCCACUCUCCCCUCUCUGGGCGACACUUUUUUUCUUCAUGCUUCUGGUCCUGGGGCUGGACAGCCAGGUAAGCCACUCAUGGGGAGCGUGUUUUUAUUGAGCAGAGCACGUUGCGGCGGGAGGCACAGAUGUAGAAAUGGCAUAGAGCAGCGGUUCUCAACCUGUGGGCCCCCAGAUGUUGUUGGACUACAACUCCCAUCAUCCCUGAGCUCUGACCUUGCUAGCUAGGGGUGAUGGGAGUUGUAGUCCAAAGGUUGAGAAAGGCUGGCAUAGAGGGAAAGCGGCUUCUUUUACUUGCAGAAAUCAGUGGGCGGCGUUUGUGCUACGGUUUGCUAACCCAGCCGCAGACAGGAAGGUGCUGCUGUUGGAAGCAUGGGAGGAGGAGGUGUUUACGAAGUCAGCAGCUGGGAGGGAGGGGGAAGGAAAGGAGGGAGGGAGGGCAUGCCAUCCGAAGCAAGGAUGAUAGGAAGAAGGUUACAAUGGCAUGAUGGAAAUGGGAGCAUAAUGCUGUGUCCACAGGGCAAGUAAAGAGGAACCCAAGAGACUGAACCGGCAUUUGCUAGUUCACCUGAAUGCAAACGGAGCUCAUGUGUUUGCACUGCUGAGGGGGCACAGGGUGUGUGCAGAGUGCAAAGCAGGGCCAGAGAGUGUCCCGGGGGCCAGGUUGAGAGGCCUGGAGGGCCACAUCUUGACCUCAGUCCUGAGGUUCCACACCUCUAUGUUAAGCAGAGCAUAGACCAGCACCUCGUGCCAAGUUUACCUCUCUCUCAUAUGUUAUUUCAUCCUGCCAGUUUGUGGGAGUGGAGGGUUUCAUCACUGGCAUCCUAGACCUGUUUCCGCAGCCAGCAGCAGGCUCACCGCGCAGAGAGAUCACCGCUGCGAUUUGCUGCCUUGUCUGCUGUAUCAUUGACCUCUCCAUGGUGACUCAGGUGAGGCCGAUGUGUGGGAGAAACCCUUUCUAGACGAAACGCGAGUGCUACAUAGGCUUGCCUGGGAGGGGAGGCUGGCUAGGGCAGAGCUCGUUUUCUGGGUAGGCCACCAGAAGCUCCUGGGCACAGUCCAAACUCCUGGGUAAUAAGAAUUACUCGGAAGGUGCAGUCAAGUUAAAAAUGCCUUUCCACGCCACCAGCACCCAUGGCUUUCCAAAGAGAAAAGCCAUCACGCUGCAUGCAAGAGAUGCUCCGGCUAGGACUCCAGCCAACCUUCAGGCCACAGUGUUUCUCAAAUAUGGGUCUCCCAUUGUUGUUAGACUACGACUCCCAUCAUCCCUGACCACUGGUUCUGCUAGCUAGGGAUGAUGGGAGUUGUAGUCCAACAGCAAUGGGUGACCCAUGUUUGAGAAUUACUGUUCCAGGGGAGGGAAAUUCCACUGACAUGGGGUAACUACCGCGUUGUUACCUUCCCCAUGUCCCCUCACAAUCCUUAGGAUCAACUUGUCGAAAGAAGUAUCCGUGAACCAGGUUCCAGCCAUUAAUGGUUAAGACCAUUUCAGUUCCUUGGCAAGUCCCAUCCUGAAUGACCGGAGCUGGAAGCUCAAGGCUUGCCCAUUUGGCUGUGCUUGGGACAUGCUGUUUGCAGAGAGGGGCCAGUGUCUCUCUCUAUGUGUGAUGUGUCUCUGUGUGAUACACUGUCUACACAAGUCCCCGUGGCCCUGUCUCCAUAGCCCCACUCCUCAUCAUGGCUGGCGUUUCUCUACUUGGAAUAAUAAUAAGCAACACGGAUAAUGCGCGUAUUCGGUAAUCGGUUCUUUUCCUGUGCCAUGUGACCCUAGGGCGGCAUGUACGUCUUUCAGCUGUUUGACAAUUAUUCGGCCAGCGGGAUCACCCUUCUGUGGCAGGCCUUCUGGGAGUGUGUGGUGAUUGCCUGGGUCUAUGGUAAGUGGCAAGGGAGACACAGGGGCAAGGAGAUUUCAGGAAAAGCAAACACUUUCCCUCCCUGCACAGUCCUCUGCUUGACUCUUGCUUUGGCUCCCCCCCACCCAAGGCUGCCGGAGAUCUGGGCGCUGUGAAUGGGGCCCUUUUCAGGUGUUGGUGCGGGAGGGGACGGCCUGGCUCGAGGCCCAAAACUGAUUCGCUCUUCCGCGCAGGAGCUGACCGCUUCAUGGACGAUGUUGCCCGUAUGAUUGGCUACCGGCCGCUGCCCUACAUGAAGUGGUGCUGGUCUCUCAUCACCCCAGUGGUGUGUGUGGUGAGUUGAAAGCAGUUUGGGCAGAAGGUCCAGUAUACCCGAAGGAGCGUUUCCACCCCCAUCGUUCUGCCCAGACACUGAGGUCCAGUGCCGAGGGCCUUCUGGCGGUUCCCUCGCUGCGAGAAGCCAAGUUACAGGGAACCAGGCAGAGGGCCUUCUCAGUAGCGGCGCCCUCCCUGUGGAACGCCCUCCCACCAGAUGUCAAAGAGAAAAGCAACUUCCAGACUUUUAGAAGACAUCUGAAGGCAGCCCUGUUUAGGGAAGCUUUUAAUGUUUAGUAGGUUAUUGUAUUUUAGCGUUAUGUUGGAAGCUGCCCAGGGUGGCUGGGGAAACCCAGCCAGAUGGGCGGGGUAUAAAUAAAUUAUUAUUAUUAUUAUUAUUAUUAUUAGAGAAGGACCCCCUUGCAAACAUGGGCUAACUCAGCCUGGCUUUUCACACAUUUGUUUUGACUCGUUGCCAGAAUAUUUGACUGCUGUGACUAUAUUUGAGCGGCCCUGUACUGGUGUAUGCAUGGUGCUGAUGGUGUUUUUAGAUUACCUCAUUCCCAGCUGAAAGAAACUUGUAGUUUGCCUACAUUUAAAUAGUACAGCACACGCUAAGGAACACUGGUAAUUAUUGUCUCUCCUCUGCACUGUGCAAAAUACCUGUCCGACUUUACUCAAAUGUGAUGGCGCUUCUUCUUCACGCUGGAUUUGUCUAACCUGUUUCAGGGCAGGACUGCAGGGUUAUCCCAUUCUCCGUAGUUAGAAUCAUACAGGGGUCAUUUAGCAAUGCAGGAAUCUCAACUAAAGCAUCUUUGACAGAUCUCCUAAGAGAUCUCCUCAGUCUUGUAGCCAGGUGCAUUGAUAUUUGAGGUGUGAAUGAAUGAAUUUUAUUUUUACGGUCACAGACCAGUUCCAGCUCACUUACAAUAUCAGGAAAAUCAUAAAACACAACAGAAAUACACUGAAUUGCAACUGGGUAUAACAGAGACAAUUCAGAUAUAGCGGCAGUUAAAAAUAUAUAUUAAAUCUUGAUUACUAAAAUAUAAACUAAAAUUGUCAUUUAAAACCUUAAUCAUUUUGGUAGUACAACUUGUUCCCUAAGUUUUAUGGCAGUCGCACAGAAUUUGGCCACCCUUAGCGUGAUCUCUAGAUCCUUGUCCUCUACCAGGAGUUUUAGACACUGAAGUUCGGACCCAUUUGGAGAUUUUUGUAUAACAGGAGUGAUAAAUACCGAGCGUAUAUCCCCAUAGAAACGGCAGCAUAACAAGACCUGAGAGACAGUUUCUACCUCCAUCAAGCCGCAGGGGCAGACUCGUUCCACGUAUGGUUUACCCUCGAAUCUGCCCUGCAAUAAGGCAGAUGGCAGCAUGUUUUGAGAAGAUGUUUUGUUGAGCACAAGAGAACUAGGGCUGGGUUUUGGCUGCCACCUCUAUUCCCCCUACCCAAGGCUAAAAAAACCAAUUAUCAUCUCUGGUAUCUCCCCCCUCCUUCACCACUAGGGCAUCUUCCUGUUCCAUGUGGUGAACUACCAACCACUGACUUACAACAAGACCUACAUCUACCCAUGGUGGGGUGAGGCUAUUGGCUGGGCUCUGGCCCUUUCCUCCAUGCUCUGCAUCCCCUGCACGGUCGCUUACAAGCUUCUGCGAAGCAAGGGCUCCUUCCAACAGGUGAGUAAUCAGUCUCUCGUCUCUGGCCAGUCCCAGCCCGUUAGGAUGGAGUUGCCAAGCACCUUGCUCUGCUGGCAAGCUGAGCUGCCAAGUGUCCCAUUUGGUUUUCCUGGCGAUGUUGCAGUUUUGCUGUAGACCCGUCUAGGUGUUGCUAUGAGGCUGCAGUGGUGUCCUCACAUCCACACGCUGUACAUUUACAGCACCGUGACAGUCAUGGCUUUCCCCACAAAGAAUCAUGAGAACUGUAGUUUAAGGGUGCCAGCUGCUGUUGAUCUGUGAUAAACUACGGUUCCCAGGAUUCUUUGGGGGGAAGUAAUGCAGUUUAGGAGUGCUUUAAGUGUACGGUGUGGGUGCUUAUUCCAGCAUAGUUAUCUUUCCCUUGUUGCAGCUUGCAAUCAUUCAGUGUGACCUUAAGGUAAAGGUAAAGGGACCCCUGACCAUUAGGUCCAGUCGUGGCCGACUCUGGGGUUGCGGCGCUCAUCUCGCUUUAUUGGCUGAGGGAGCCAGCAUACAGCUUCCAGGUCAUGUGGCCAGCAUGACUAAGCCGCUUCUGGCGAACCAGAGCAGCGCACAGAAACGCCGUUUACCUUCCCGCCAGAGUGGUACCUAUUUAUCUACUUGCACUUUGACAUGCUUUCGAACUGCUAGGUUGGCAGGAGCAACGGGAGCUCACCCCGUCGCGGGGAUUCAAACUGUCGACCUUCUGUUCGGCAAGUCUUAGGCUCUGUGGUUUAACCCACAGCGCCACCCGCGUCCCAGGCAGUGUGGCCUUAGAGAUGCUCUAAGGAAUUUGCACAGCAGACUUGACUCCAAGCUGGAUGCCUCUGCUGAUGAAGGUGGCUGUGAGAGGGGCCGGCCCUCUUGUUUUACAAAUGAGACAUGCAAGCCUCCUCUGCAUACUGUGCAGCCAGCUAUCAGGCACAGCCAUGACUGCUGCGCUGAAUUGCAGGCUGCUAGCCAGCCAUGCUGCUAGACUUGGGGAGGAGAAUGGCUUUUUGGAGCUGCCUAGCAUCCGUAUGAUGUAAUCUCCAGUCACCCAAAUAAAAGCUCAGAAGCAGGUUCUGCGGUUGCUAAAGCAGCUGUUAUUUAUACUUCCCUCUUUCUGGCCAAACAGCUUAGGGUGGUGCUAAGGCUUUAAAAGCGCAGGGAAGAUGCAAGCAUAGAUUUGGGGAGGCAGGUGCCAAAUGGGCUUCUGUGCUUAUUAGAGAUCCUGUUCCAAGGUUCUCAAGGAUGUGGGGUUUUCCAUGCCUCGGCUUCAGUGCCAUUCUCCACUUCACACAGCGUAAGAUCUGAGGGAGGCUUUUCUGCCAUUGAAGCAGGAGGAACUUCCACUUCUCUCAACACUCUCACACCACCUGCAAAGCUGUUCACACUCCCAAGCAGACUGAAUCUGGGGCCCAUCCCGCUGGUGGGAAGGAGGCCUCUGUAACAGGCUUUUUAAUUUUGUGGCUCCCCGUGUUUGGAACCCUCUCCCUACGGAUGCCUGCUUGGCUCACUCUCUGCCACUUUUUAGGAAAGGUGUACACACCUUCCCAUUUACAGAGGCCUUUGAGUCCAACGCAGAUGGUGCUGUGGUCUAAACCACAGAGCCUAGGACUUGCCGAUCAGAAGGUCAGUGGUUCGAAUCCCCGCAACAGGGUGAGCUCCUGUUGUUCGGUCCCUGUCCCUGCCCACCUAGCAGUUCGAAAGCACGUCAAAGUGCAAGUAGAUAAAUAGGUACCACUCUGGUGGGAAGGUAAACGGCGUUUCCGUGCGCUGCUCUGGUUCGCCAGAAGCGGCUUAGUCAUGCUGGCCACAUGACCCAGAAGCUGUCUGCAAACAAACGCCGGCUCCCUCGGCCUAUAGAGCGAGAUGAGCGCCACAACCCGAGUCAUCCGCGACUGGACCUAACAGUCAGGGGUACCUUUACCUUUGAGUCCUCAGAAGGGCUGUGUGUUGAUUGAUUUGCGCGUUGAAGAGAUUUCUAGGCCAUCCUUCAGCCACUGAGGACAGGGUGCAACAAAUGCUAAGUAUAAAAAAUUACACGAAAACGUUAAAAAGCGCAGGACGAAAUCAUGACAGGUGCAAUAAAACUCAGUAGAGCGGCAAAGCCAAAAACUAUUGUUAAAACCAGUUUGUCCUCCAUGCUAAAAAUGCCUGGACAGAUUGGUUUAAAAAAAAAAAAAAAGGUCUUCACAUGCCACCAGAUUGAUGUUGGUUGGUUGCCUUUGGUGUACCAUUCAUUUGGCCUUGGCUGCUGGUUUUAAUGUACGCUAGGGCAGGGCCAUAGCUAGGGAGUGGCGAGGUGGGCCCCUGGCAGGGGAUGGGACGCGCGCACAAAAUUGGCUUAAAAUAUGUCCAUAAAUAUAAAUAUUGAUUAUUGUCUCAUAAUAAGUGGUUUUAAAUAAAGGAUGAAUUGAAUGGGUGGAGGGAGGCGGGUUGGAGGAGAGGCAGAAAGAAGAACUAAUUUGUCUGUGGCUGGGGGGGCGCAAGCUGGACGGUUCUGCCAGGGACACAAGAUCACCUAGCUACGGCUCUGCGCUAGGGCAACAUUUUAGGCUUUUCCUUUAAAGUCCCUCUGUUGUACUGAUGGCUAACGGAUGUAAGGACCCCGACUGCGCUAGUUUUUAAGCGAGAUGAAAAAAAUGCUCUAUGCAAAUAAACAAAUAGUGAACAAACGGACGUGCUUGUGCCUUGAGUUGCUCCUUGACUCGCCUGCCUUGCUUCUCCCCCAGCGCUGGCAAUUGCUGACCACCCCCGUCUGGGGCCACCACCACCUGGAAUACAUGACACCCGAAGCGGAGACAAAACUGCUGCCACCGCCAGACAGUCUCACUGCAGCCCCCCUGGAGAAGGCCACGCUUUUUGAGACUGUAAUUUGAUUUUCUUGUACCCUCUUCCUCUAGCAAUAACACCGGGCACCAAGGUCAGCUGUUUGGGGGUAGCGGGGAAAGUUGGCAGUAUUGGAGACUCAGCCCUUCGCAUAGUCAGGAGGCUCCCAGUGCAAGAAGUCAAUAAAGACCCCUGAUGGCUGGUGGCAGUGGCUGCCGCAAGCUUUUCUCCGCUUUGUCGGCGGCCUCACUUGCCACCUUCCACCAGGGCCCUAGACGUGACUCUGCUGCAGCGGGGCUUGGGGGCGGGGGCUAAUCCUGGCUCCCAUGUGUGGUGGCCGACUGCAGAUCUGUGAAGUCAAUGAAUGCCACAGGUCUUUGGGAUGGGGCAUUGCAUUCUAGGUCAAAUGGCAUGCGGCCACUCCAGAUGGGAGCCAAGCUUGUCUCUCAUUCGAAAGCACUCCUAUCCCCCACCCCCUUAAAAUGCACCUGGGGGGCCAUUGGGGCAAGCGGUGCAUGGUGGUGUGGCUGGGCUGGUGUGGGUCCUUCGGCCAACUGCUGGCCCCGUACCUGCCUGCUUGCAAUUUGGCUGUGUACCUUAGGCAGCCAUCUUCAUACCAUUAAUGGGAAAGCUGUGAAAUCAGGUUGGCUUGGUCUAACAUCGGUAGGACGGAGGUGCUGCUAGCAGCAGGGGACAAGGGCUCCAUGCACACACAUACCCAUCCCAGCACAUGCAGACUUCCACGUUUCCUCCACAUGGUGCAAAGGCUAACCUCCUCUCCUCCAAGAUCACCUCGUCCAAUAGUUUCAGUAUUAGCGUUCAAACCUCAGGCAAGGAGGGCAUUCACUUCCUCGUACCAGAUAGGCUGGGCCGCCCCAUUCCCAGCCAUCAGAGCAACUGGGACCGGCUCCAUCCCAGCUUUCAUUACUAUCCCCAGUACAGCUCCACUAGGUCUCUUCCCCCAAACCCUCCCAGCACUGCUGGACUCUAAACCUUCUGUGGGGUGCUUUUAAUCCUCGGGGGCAAGUGCUGUUUGCCCACUCUUUCCACCCAUCAUAUAUCCCAAUUCUCAGCUUGAUCUUACCUGGUUAAGGUCUACUAAUGGCAUCCUGUUUCUCAGGUUCUAAUCCUUCCCCAACGCUGCAAGAGAAAGCAGAAAAAGACCGUCACAUUUCCUGUACUUUGUGUGGCCUAUUCUCUUUUGUACUUUAUUCUCCAAUCCACCUGCCACAAAUCAUGUCCCUUCCCACAAUUUCGGUUGCACUUAUGUGAUCUUGAUCAUGUAGCAGUUGCCUUUUAAUAUCCCGGGUAGCAUUUCUUGCCCCUGCCAUUAUAAAUGUACCUUAUACACUCUGCUGCCUUCCCCACGCAUUCCUUCCCCUGGAGAAAGAUGUCUGCCAUCAAUUUUUUGGCUCUUACCAGUGGCUUUUUGGUAGGCUGUGUGACUGAGGCCACUCCAGCUGGAAUUGGAGGACAGAACUCCUGAAACUUUCUCUCACUGGAGAGGGAAAAGGAACCUCCCCAAAUUAAUAGGAGAGAGGGGAACGGGAGUGUCAGGGAAAUGGAGUGAUGGAGUGUGUGGGUGUUGUCUUGAACAAGCAGAUCACCAGCUGUCCUGCUCCCCCUUCACAAACAAACAUGGAGAAAACUCUUAGGGAACAGCACAUCACUCACACAGAGAGAGACACACACACACCUUAAUAGAGUUGGCAGUUUUAUUACUGUAGCUUUAACAUCUGCCUGACAAGCAAAAAUUCAAAAGAUGUAGCCUGGAGGUGUCACAAUGGAAACCACCACGAUGAUAAAUUCUAGAGGGGUGCUAGUCUGUGGCAGGCAAAAAAAACACAAGACAAAAACCAGCAAAGAGUCUGGUAGCACCUCAAAGUCCAGCACCUUUAUCAAGGCCAUGAAAAAGCUCAUAAUCAAAAUAGAUUUGUUUUGUCUUAAAGCUACCACGACUUUUAGGGCGUUUCCACAUGACCUGUUUAAUGGGCAUUCGUCUUGAUUUGUUUGCAGGGAGCUUAGAGCAAGUAUUAUCCCUCCAUAUUUUCUAUUGCAUUUCCCCCGUCACUUUCCUUACUGCAAAAAGUCCGGUCUUUUGGAGAAGUGAGUUCAGUGUGCAAGACCUCCCAAUCAAACGUAACCGCACAACAUGUUAGGAUAUUUCCGUUCCACCUAUUUCUGGAGCUCAUGUCGCUAAUUGCUGAUACUGCGUGCCUACGGGAGAUCGAUGGACGUCCGACAGCCGGCUUGGGGGCCAUGAUGGACUCUGUGUUUCCCUGGCAGUAUCCCAACACAACAUGCAUUUGCCAGUAUGUGAUUGAAUCCCUCGUGAAAACAGAGGCAGUCUGGAAGCGUCCAUAGUUGUUCAUGAUGAGAAAGGCUGCACCGGCUGAAUUUAUCCCUGUCAUACAGCUGCUGCAGCAAUCCCGCUGCUGCUUCUUGCCCAGGUGUGCUCAGCCCCUUCUCCACCCCACUCCACCUCCACAUUGUAGCGCCCAGCCAUGCUGAUGCACCAACCCGUUGUAUGUAUUUGUAAUAUAUGAGUGUUUGUGCCAAAUUGGGCUGAGCCCAUUUCCCUCUGCACACCAAGCUGUAAUCACUACCACCACCACCCCAUGCUAUCCUAAUUCUCAGCUCCCUGAUUUUUGUUUUUUUGUUUGGUUUGGUUUUUCCCCUCUCUCUUGUUUUUGCAGUCACCUACCCAAUUGCGGUACAGAUCCAACCUCUGACAAUAAAUAUGGGAGAGAUUCUGCCUGUG